AUGCCUGUUGCCGACAUUGAGAUGGUCACUGGUUCUGCCGGCCACGUUGACAGCAAGGCCGCGUCUGAAUAUGGCACCGACCUCAGAAGAUGGCGUCUCAAGGUUCACGAGGGUCGCCAUAUGUGGGAAUAUGUUGACGAAGACGUUGCUCAAACACAACAGCAGACUUUCGCAGAAAACUACUGGCUUGGCCAGGAGUACGAACUCCCGAAGAUGAGCACACCAAUCUUUGCACAAGACGCACUCGAUAACGGAUGGGCAUUUUUCAAGCGUCUGCAAACGCAAGACGGCCACUGGGGAUGUCAUGAUGAUGGCCCUCUCUUCGUCACCAGCGGCAUCGUUAUCUCGUCUUAUAUCUGCGGCAUCACAUUGCCCGAUGCCAUGAAGAACGAGAUGAUCAGGUAUCUGUUGAACUUUGUCAAUGAGGACGGCGGUUGGGGUCUCUGGAUCAACAGUCCUUCCACGGUGUUUGGCACCACUAUGAACUAUACCAUGCUGCGGAUCCUGGGAGUGCCAUCGACACAUCCCGCUCUUCUAGAUGCCCGCGAUACACUGCUUAAAAUGGGAAGUGCAAGAGCCCUGCCAACCUGGGGCAAGUUCUGGAUGUGCGCGCUGGGGGCCUAUGAGUGGGAUGGCAUGAUUCCUUUGGCGCCUGAGCCAUUGCUGGCGCCAGGCUUCCUGCCGUUGAACCCUGGCAACUGGUGGGUUCACACUCGCAACGUUUUUGUGAGCAUGAGCUAUCUCUUUGGGCACCGCUUCUCCGCGCCAAUGACGCCGCUCAUCCAGGAGCUUCGCGAGGAGCUUUACGAUAUGCCCUACCACAAGAUCGACUGGUUCGCGCAACAGACCAACAUCAGUGAUUAUGACCGCCUCCAUCCCCCCACGAUGCUACAAAAGGGGCUAGCAAAUGCCCUGUGCUACUAUGAAUACGUUAAGGUGCCUUACCUGCGACGCAAAGCCCUAGAUGAGGCCCUCUUCCAAGUUGAGAUGGAGGUUCACAAUACAAGCUACCUAUGUAUUGCGCCAGUCAGCUUCGCUUCCAACAUGCUGGUCAUGUUUCACGCACACGGAGCCAACAGUCACUGGGUCAAGGGCAUGGCAGAUAGAAUCAUUGAUCCCAUGUGGAUGUGCCGCGAGGGUAUGGCCGCUUCAGGGACCAAUGGCACCUCCGUCUGGGAUACGGCUCUCACCGUGCAGGCGGCGCUUGACGGAGGAUUGGCCCAGCGGCCCGAGAACCACAAUACGAUGCUCGAAGCAUUGAAGUUCAUCGAGGUCUCGCAGAUCACGGAGAAUCCGCUUGGCGUCUCACAGGGCUAUAGACAGCCGACCAAGGGAGCGUGGCCCUUCAGCACGCGAGAUCAAGCUUACGCUGUCUCUGACACAACAGCCGUGACUGUUCGCGCCGUCAUUCAGCUUCAAGCGCUCAAGAGCAUGCCCAAGCUGGUUUCGGACGAACGCCUGGCGGAGGCGGUCGAUCUCAUCAUUGGCAUGGAGAACAAAUGCGAUGGCUACUCGGCGUUCGAACCCCUUCGUGGCCCCAAAGCCUUGGAGCUGCUCAAUAUCACCGAGCUCUACGAUAACGUCAUGACGGAGAGCCUGUAUCCAGAGUGCACAAGCUCCGUGCUUCUUUGCCUCGAUACAUUCACAAAGGCGUACCCGCACCACCGUCCUGUGGAAAUCCAGUCCAUUAUGGCCCGCUGUGCGCGCUAUCUUAUCAAGGCACAGUUCCCCUGCGGCGGAUGGCUUGCAUCUUGGGGCGUGUGCUUCACGUACGCCACCAUGUUUGCCCUGCAAGGACUGGAGACCGUCGGCCUGCGGGAAAGCAACAGUGAAACCUGUCGUAAUGCCUGCAGCUUCCUGUUGCAGUACCAGAACGAUGACGGCGGCUGGGGUGAGGACCUUAUCAGCAUCCGGGAGAAGCGUUACAUACAAGAUCCUGCUGGCAGCCAGGUGACGUGCACUGCAUAUGCGCUGAUGGGUCUCAUUUCAGCGCAUUGCUCCAACAGGGAUGCGCUGCGGAGAGGCAUCCGGUGGCUAAUGCGCGCACAGCAGGCCACUGGCGAGUGGCUACCGGGCUCAUUGGAGGGCAUUUUUGCCUGCCCAGGGGGUAUGAGAUACCCCAACUACAAGUUUCACUUUACCCUCAGCGCCAUUGGCAGGUACAUUGAGCGCUACGGAGACGAGGCUCUCUAUUUAAAGGAACAAUGA